AUGAUAAAGGACGCGAUUCUGGAUGAAUUCGAAUGCGCCAAAGAAAUUAUCAGAGAUAAUUUUUUCGCCUGGAAAUACACGAACAGUAUUUUCGGCGUUUGGAUUUGGAAUUUGUUAGCUUUCACUUUUCUGGCUUAUUUGAAAGAUUUUGAAAAUAUUAUUAGUACCGAAGCAACGGACAUUGCUACUGAGAUUGGCGUACAAACUGUAUUACACACUUUUGUAUUGACUAUUUUGACGAUUAUAUUUGCAAUGUCCUGCGACAAAGCGGAAAAAGGAGCAAUUCGUUUAGCGAAACUAUGCAACAUGUUACAAGCCGAUAUAACGGAUCCGAUUUUAGUGGAAGAACUCAAGCAUUUGUCCAAUUUUAUCAAAGAAUUAAGACCCAGGUUCACUGUGUACGGAUUUUUCAACGUCAAUCAGCAGACUAUUCCAGUCUUCAUUUCAGCAGUCACGACUUACGUGAUCAUUUUGAUUCAGUUCAAAAUUAAUAAAUAA